CACGUGUAUACCUUGCGUCGUUCCUGCUGGUUAACAGACUCUGACUUCACCGUCGACUGUUUUCUCACGGGAAUCCUGCUCCGCUCCGCACCCUUGGAUUAUGCCGGAUGCCGCGCAAACCGUAGUCCUUCUCCUAUCGCUGGUCACUGUAGUUCCAGCGCUGGAGAAUGGCUUAGCCAGAACACCUCCAAUGGGAUGGUUGGCGUGGGAAAGAUUCAGGUGCAACGUCGAUUGCAAGAACGAUCCAGAUAAUUGUAUAAGUGAUCGUCUUUUCCGGACUAUGGCAGAUAGAGUAGUGAGUCAAGGGUACCGUGCAGUAGGAUACCAGUAUAUUAUUAUGGAUGACUGUUGGUUGGCGAGACAAAGGAAUAGCAAUGGACUACUCGUACCUGAUAGUGAACGAUUUCCAUAUGGCAUAAAGAGCUUGGCAGAUUAUGUGCAUUCAAAGGGUCUCAAGUUCGGUAUUUACGAGGAUUAUGGAAACUUCACCUGCGCUGGAUUUCCAGGUAUAUUGGGCCACUUGACUGGAGAUGCUGUCACGUUUGCUUCCUGGGGUGUAGAUUAUGUGAAAUUAGACGGAUGUCAUGCCAAUCCUUAUGACAUGAACACAGGUUAUCCCGAAUUUGGAUAUUACCUCAAUCAAACUGGAAGGCCUAUGGUAUAUUCUUGCAGUUGGCCUGUCUACCAAAUUUAUGCUCGUAUAGAACCGAACUAUGCCGCAAUUGCGCAAACCUGCAAUCUCUGGCGUAACUACCACGACAUCCAGGAUUCCUGGGCCAGCGUAGAGAGUAUCAUCGAUUACUACGGUGAUAAUCAGGACACGCUCAUGCCCUGGGCCGGUCCUGGGCGCUGGAAUGAUCCAGACAUGUUGAUCAUCGGCAACUUCGGUUUAAGUUACGACCAAAGUAAAACACAAAUGGCAAUCUGGGCUAUAUUAGCGGCACCGUUGCUCAUGUCCGUCGAUCUCAGGACGAUCAGGCCAUUGUACAAAGCUAUCCUGCAAAACAAAAAGAUUAUCGCCGUAAACCAAGAUCCAUUAGGCAUUCAAGGACGACGAAUAUACAAAAAAAACGGUAUUGAGAUUUGGAUAAGGCCCAUCAUCCCAGUUUACCAAAACUACUACUCGUACGCGGUCGCGUUCGUGAACAGACGUACGGACGGCACGCCAACGACCUUCAGAAUCCCAGUAAUGGACCUAGGUCUGAUGUUUGCCGCAGGAUACCGCGUUGAGAAUCUAUACAGUAACAGAAAUAUCGGAGUGGUGACUCCACCGACUGUCCUCAGGGCCAACAUAAAUCCGUCGGGCGUACAGAUGCUACGAUGUACUUUAAAUAUUGGCCGUACAUCUUGAAUAAGGUAUUUAAAGUUAAACAAAAUACAUUUAAAUUAUCGUACGUCUAACGUAUUACCUUACUUUCUAUUGGCACUUUUAUUUUCGCGUAUGCGUACGUUCUAUAUUAAUAUAAUAUAUAACAUAAAAAAUAAUAAAAAAAAGAAUUUUAUGAACUUUACUCGCGUUACACACGUUAUUUAAAAUGUAUUUAUGUGUGCGUAUGACAUUCUGUACUUGUAUCUAGUUUGCUUUCAUAUCGUAUCUGCAUCGUAUCUAUAUUACUUUAUAUUCACCUUUGA